AAGUGCAGUUCUAUAAAAGCCACUUCGAACUUCAGAACGCAGUAAUUGCAGAAACGCAGCAUUUAAACAACGCUACUUAGCUUGAUAAAACUCAUAAUAACAGUGAUUUGUAUUAUUCGCAUAACAAAAAAUAUUCAUUAAAAAUGGUAGAUCUUAAUGAGACGUCUGAAAACAGUACUAAAAAUUCCCUACGUAAAGUAAAACAUUCGAGUGAAUAUGAAUUUGUAACAGUAAUCAAGAAUAACUUCAAUCCGAAAUUAUUUCCGAAUGACUUCAAUAUCCGAACCGUAAAAGAACAAUAUACCUGGAUAAAUGAGAAUAUCGCUGAAUUCUUUCCAAACGUACCGCAAUCUUUAUUAAGCAUAAUACCUGCUUGCUAUCGCCAAGUAGAUUUACCAUCAAUGGAAAAACCAAAAUGGUUGAAUGUAAAUAAAUAUUAUAGAGGACAAAAAUUUGCAAGCGAACAUUUCGCUUCAAUUGUUUUCACCCUAAUAGUGGGAGUGGUCCAUGUGUAUUCUUUCAACGAUUUUAUGAAACCAGUAAUCAUGUCAAGACGCUCCGAUACACCAUAUUUAGAAUUUCAAAGAUGUUUAGCGACUGUACAACGCUUUUUUAAUUGGUACAACGGGGAGCCUUGGAUUGAAGGAACGCCUGCUUAUGAAGACAUGCUAAUUACGCGUAAGAAGCAUUUGAUGAUGAGAGACAAAUUGUUUAAACUUGAUAACGAGCAAAUCGAUAAUGCAUCCAAAAUUGCGAAGCCAUGGUGUCCGGAUUACAAAUUAUUGCAAAAAGAUUUUGCCGCGGCAUGUCCAUUUGAGAAUUUUAGGCAACGUCCUUAUACGUUUCUCAAUAUAACACCAUGCAGACCAAAAGGUAUGAAUAAUGCAGAUAUGGCAGUCACGCAAUGCUGCUUUAUAAGUUCGCUCAUACUCUGGCCAGAAAAUAUGGGAGUGAAAGCAACUGAUGAUGAUUUAGAAGCCUUUUGUCAUAUGUGGAGGUGUUACGGAUAUUUUCUUGGAAUAGAAGACAAGCACAACUUUUGUCGUGGUAGCCUCAAGGAAAUAAGACAACGCAUGAAAGAUCUGUAUCAAUAUUGGAUAAUACCAAAUUUGAAGGAUGUUACACCCGAAUGGGAGCAUAUGACGAGAUGUCUCAUCGUACCCUUCAAUUAUUAUCCGUUCAUAUACAUGCCUUAUAAAGUGAUGGUAUUAAUCGCAACAGAUUUGUUAAAUCUGAACAUGUCACACUUGUAUAAGUCGCUCAGUUACUCAGAAUGGUGUGCUUAUAAAAUAUGGAAAUUCCUAUUACGUCUCGCUUUGAAAUUUUCAACCGUACGAACAAUUUUUAAUAAAGUUUUACGCAAAAUAAUUGAUAAAGCGGCAAAUUAUAGCCCGGAAAAACAUGCAGAACUUCAAGAAAUAUCAAAAAUGCAGCUGUCAAAUUUGUCUACUAUGUAUUAGUAUUAAGAGAGUUUGAAAUUAUAAAAUUAUAUUGUUUUUAAUUGUAUAUAUCACUGGUGAUGGACGUGUAUUAUGAUUUUUGUUUAUUUCAUAUAAUUUUAUAAAAAAUCACAGUUUUAUAAAAAAAGCAAUUUUAUAAUGAAAUA